UAUAUUACUGUGUUAGAAGAUCAUCAAAUAAAAAAAAGAAAAAAAAAAAAGAGGAUCGAUCGAUCGAGAGGAUGACAGCAGCAGGAGCAAACAUAGGAGGAGGAGGACAGUUCGGAGAUACGACAUACACAAAGGUGUUUGUAGGUGGUCUGGCAUGGGAGACUCAAAAAGACACCAUGAAGAACUACUUUGAACAGUUUGGUGAUAUCUUGGAGGCUGUCGUCAUCACUGAUAAGACUACUGGGAGAUCCAAGGGCUACGGAUUUGUAACAUUCCGUGAGGCAGAUGGUGCGAUGAGAGCAUGUGUUGAUGCUACUCCAGUGAUAGAUGGAAGGAGGGCUAAUUGCAAUCUUGCUUCCUUGGGUGUUCAAAGAUCUACCAAGCCUUCCACUCCCAAGCAUGUAGGAGGAGGAGGGAGGCACAUAAGGGUGAUUGGAGGUUUUCAUCAUCAACAGGGAGGAUUUGCAACAACAGCUGCUUUUGCUUCUGCGACAACAUUCCCUCACUAUUCCGUUCAACAAGGCAUUCCUUACAAUCUUUAUGGGUAUUCUCCAUACUCCACCGAAUAUGCUUACCCUACGAGCUACUAUGGUAUGUAUGGAGGAGGGAGCGCACAAUAUCCAGUAUAUGGAUCAGCUGGGAGCAAUGGACUUGUAUCAGGUGGUUAUUACCCUUAUCUGAAUUUGAACGAGGCGGGGAGUGGAGGAGCAACACCCUACUCCGCCAGCCAGGGUGGUUAUGGUGUUCAGUAUCCUCACCAUCACGGACUCUUCCAGUAUUCACCAAUUAACUCAACUGGCAUUUACCCAACUCAUUAUGGCAACCCUGUCUCUCUUGCUCCACCAACUCCACUUCAGUCUGCAGUUUGCUUUGCUGUGCCACAGGCAUGACCAUGACUCUGCAUGCACCAAUACCAAUACCAAUACCUCAUCGUUGAGAGACUGAUUUAUGCCAAUUGUUGAGAUUCGUCCGCAAGCUCCUCAAGCACCUCUGGCCUAACCAUGGUUAUCUUUCCAUUCUCCUUUGUCUCUCUGUCACACACUCUCUCUCUCUCUCUCUCUCUUCCUCUAUCUCUCUCUCUCUCUAUCUCUAUCUCUUUCUGUCUAGGCCCAUCAUGCCUAAAAAUCCACACAUGGAAGAGUCCCCAAAAGGGGUUACAUCCAAAGUUGGAUUACACUUUUUCCAUGGAUCACUACUUGUCUUUGUACGUAGGAAAGGUUCCUGCAAGAGAGUUUGGAAUUACAUGCAUGCAUGUGCAUCUCAUUCUCAUUCCCAACUGAUCAAGCCAAAGUUGGUUCUAACAUUUUGUCCGCUUAGCCCUGGAACGGCUAAGCAAACCAAAAACCAUUUUCAAAUUCUGCCCCUCAAGGGCUUUGCAAUGCAAACAGUCUUUUUAUUCAUGUUUGUCAAGUAUAUUUUAUCAUUUUUAAAUCAAAAUCGGUCUUUCAUUUUCAAAAUUUUUUGAUCUUGAAAACUGCUAAUUAGAUUUAAUAUUGUAGAGUACAAGGAAAUCAGGGCAGGGGGUGCCCCAGAUUUUGUUCACAAUAAGUAACCCUAGUCUAAGGAUUUUAUAAACUCUGACUAGUCAUAGUGUUUUUUAAAACUGGUGUUUGUUUAGUUAAGAAGCGAACCUUCUCUUCUUAGGGAAAGGGAGACGGUGUGUUAAUGCUUCUGUUUUGUUAUGUAUAAAUAUUCUAUCAUAUGGGCAAAACUUUUGGAGUUGGAGCCCCUGUAACGUACAAAACAUUUUUAUUUUUUUUAGUGUACGGUGCUGUAGAAUAUGUAGCUAUGUCACUUACCAGCAUGAAAGAAGCUCCAUCAUUUUGCUGUGGAGUUUCAAUGCAUGAGAAGUUACCCAUAGAUAUAUUUUUGGUCUCUCUUGGGUUCUUCUUUCCCUAACACACAUCACAUCACACCACACCAACCAUGGUUAGGACUCAGGUUGUCUUCAUCUUCUUUAUGCCGUUGCUCUCUAUCUCUCUCCUCUAUCCUCUCUCUCUCUCUCUCUCUCUCUAUUUCUCUCUCUCUCUUUCUCUCUCAGAAGAAGAAGUUGUGUUGAAACUGGAACUUGGCACUCUUUCUUUCUUUCUUUCUUUCUUUCUUUCUUUCUUUCUUUCUUUGAAGUCUAUGGUUUGUAAUUGUAAACUAGGAAUUGAAGAAGACUGAUUUUUAUUUUGAUUUUGAGAGGAAGAAGACUUAAGAUUUAUAUUCAAGUACUUUAGUGACUGCUUGUUAUUUCUGACUAUUA